AUGCGCUCUUCGCGGAUAUCGAAAGACACUUCCAAAAUCUUCGACUACGUUUCCGACUCGGUGGCUCCCCGACGCACGACACGCUCGCUUUCCCGAUUCGCAUUCGCGUCGAGCCCGAGCUCCGAACGAGGGCUCGGGCGCAGCGACGACAUUGAAGAUGCCAUCCCGCGAGCGAAGAGGCGGCGCGUGUCGAGCGAGUCGCCCCUCAAAGCGGUGAAAACGGAGCUCGUGGACGAGGUGCCGAGCACGACACGGUCGCCGCCCAAGAAGCGAGCUCGAAAACCGGCGCGGAAGACGACGGAUCCCGACACGGGCGAAGCCAUGGUGGCACCCCCGUCCGAUUGGGAGGACAUGUACAGCGCCGUCAAGAAGAUGCGGCAGCCUGGCGGCGUCGCCCACGGCGCUGCCGUCGACACCAUGGGCUGCGAGCGGCUGGCGGACAGGAAUGCGUCGCCCAAGGACCAGAGAUUCCACACACUCAUAUCACUGAUGCUCUCGAGCCAAACGAAGGAUACCGUCAACGCCGUCGUCAUGAAGAAGCUCCAGACGGAGCUGCCGGCGCACAAGCCCGGGGCGCCCGUCGGACUGAACCUCGACAACGUUCUCGCCGUGGACCCGAACACGCUGAACCAGAUGAUCUGGGCUGUCGGGUUCCACAACAACAAGACCAAGUACAUCAAACAGACGGCCGUCAUCCUGCGCGACGCGUGGAAGGGCGACAUUCCCGACACCAUCGAGGGCCUCACGUCACUGCCAGGCGUCGGCCCCAAGAUGGCCUACCUCUGCCUGUCGGUGGCGUGGGACCGCACCGAGGGCAUCGGCGUCGACGUGCACGUCCAUCGAAUCACGAACCUCUGGGGAUGGAACAAGAGCAAAAACCCGGAAGAAACCCGACUGGCGUUGCAGUCAUGGCUGCCGCGGGACAAAUGGCGAGAGAUUAACUGGCUGCUCGUCGGCUUCGGCCAGGCGGUUUGCCUACCAGUCGGACGACGAUGCGGCGACUGCGACCUGGGCCUGCAAGGGCUCUGCAAGGCUGCCGACAGGAAAAAGGUUCUCGAGGCUCGCCGAGUCAAGGAAGAGGUCACGGUUGAGAGGGUGGAGGUGGGAGAGAAGGUUGAAGUGAAGGCGGAAAUGGCUGAGGUGAAGGCGGAAAUGGCCGAGGUGAAGGCGGAAAAGGUUGAGGUCAAGGCCGGAAAGGUUGAGGUCAAGGCGGAAAAGGUUGAGGUCAAGGCGGAAAAGGUUGAGGUCAAGGCGGAAAAGGUUGAGGUCAAGGCGGAGAAGGUUGAGGUCAAGGUGGAGGUGAAGGAGGAGGAGCAGGUUUGA